UCUUCUUCCUUCACGGUGACGUUUGUCCAGGGGUGUGUCGUAGAUUCUUUCCGCAUCUUAGUGUCGCAUUCAGCAAACACAAACACAGUCCAAAGAAAAGCAGAAAAACCGUCGGAAUUUGAAAAAGUAUGGAAGAAAUUCAGCAGCCGACACCUGCUUAUCAAAACAGUGGCAUAACCAGGAAGAGAGAUGACUAUCUGGAAUGGCCGGACUACUUUAUGGCAGUAGCCUUUUUGUCAGCACAAAGGAGCAAAGACCCAAGCUCACAGGUUGGGGCAUGUAUCGUGAACCAGGAGAACAAGAUAGUUGGCAUUGGUUACAAUGGUAUGCCCAAUGGCUGUGAUGAUGACUUACUACCCUGGUCCCGGUCUGCUGAUGACCGACUUGACACGAAGUACCCUUAUGUGUGCCAUGCAGAGCUGAAUGCCAUCAUGAACAAGAAUAGCGCUGACGUGAAAGGCUGCACCAUGUAUGUGGCUUUGUUCCCCUGCAACGAGUGUGCCAAGCUCAUCAUUCAGGCAGGUAUUAAGGAAGUGGUCUAUCUGUCUGAUAAGUACCAUGACUCACCAGAGAUGACCGCAUCCAGACGGUUGCUCACUAUGGCAGGCGUACAAUACAGGCAAUUCAAGCCCAAGAAGACAGAGAUUGUCAUUGAUUUUAAUUCCAUUAACCACCCUGGAAUGCUGAACAGCGCAACCAAGUGAAAAUGCAAACGGCUCACCUUGGGGAGCUGCUGAAUGAAGCGGGGAGGCAGAGUAAGACUGACGAGAUUGAAAGGGACUUUGAUGCCUCUUUUCUGUAUGUCGUCUUGCCCCCUGCUUUGUCCAAAGGAAAACUCAAGGAUACCUCGACUUUGGCGCCUUUUGAUAUUUUGAUUUAACUGGAUAUUCAAGAUAGUUUAAUCUGAGGCUUCGCCCUUUUUGGCUCACUGUGGCGGAAGGUCUUUCUGUGCUGCUUUCACAGGUUUUUCUUUUAAAAUUUCCUUUGGGUUUAGGAAUACACAAGGACUUUGAACACACUGUCUUGAGUGUUUGAUUUUAAAAUCUUUUAUGUUGUCAAUCAGAUCAUCUCAUGGCUGUCUGCACAGCCUGAACCUGAAAUCUGUUUUUUUCCUCCCUCAAACAAGGUUUCACAUUUAUACAGACUGUUACGUCCUGAUAUUCAGUUAAUUUGACCUUUCACAUUCACAGUAGAAGCUGCCCAAUAAAUUAAGUCUUGUUCUGUUGAAACCUUGGAGCUGCUUUGUGUUACUGUCGGCCUCUUGGCAUCUGGGUGAGCAGUUGGGGUUUCAGGGAGUACAGAUUGUGUUUACACUAUUUUACAAGUACGCUGUAGACAAUGGCAAUUUCACUUUUACUGAGCAGGGGUUUCUUUUUAAUGCUGAUUGGUUGAAUCUCAUCAGAGUUGCACUGUAUACUCUGUAAUUUGCAUUAAGUUGGCACAGUUUGAAAUUAGGUUCAUCAACCCUGUAUUCACAAACAGGUUUUAAUGCUGUGGCUGAAUGGUGUUUACAUACAGUGUGUGAGUGAGAGAGAGCGAGAGAGAGAGAGAUGUUAAUGUUGUGGCUGUAAAAUGUGAACACACAAUCAUUUUAGCAAAGAUGAAAAAAACUAAUUUUUUGAGGAUUUAAUAGCCACAGCUCCCAUGAAACUUUUAACAGCACAUCUGUAACCUAUGGAGCUUUACUCUUUCAAACUAAUGGUUUCUGUUAAAUGACAGAAGUAAAUCAGUGUGUCUGAUUAGAAGGAUUAAUGUAUGAAUGACCAACUGUUCUUCUUGCCUACGCACGGUGAUAUUUUACUGUGUGUGUGUGUAUGAGGUUUUUAAUAUAUUGCCUGUAGGAGAUAUGGAUCUUUAAUCUUUGGAUCUUUAGUUUUAAUGAUCAUUUUACAAAUGUAUUGCUGCCUUCACUUGGUGAGACAAAGUUUCUGUGAUUAGAAUUUGUUAUUGUAAAAUGACUUGAUUUUAAUUGUAGUGACACAAUAUAAUCAUUUCUUCAUACCCUCACAA